AUGGCGGACGAUUUCAAAAUUGCGCAACCACUGCAGUAUUAUCGAAAGUUUCUGGAGAAAGAUGUACGGCCCGAUGGCAGAGAAUUGGGAGAAUCCCGUUCCGUUGUUAUCAACAUUGGUUACAUCAACUCUGCUGAAGGUUCUGCUCUUGUGAAAACUGGUAACACGGCUGUCAUUUGUGGCAUCAAGGCUGAACUCGCUGAACCCAAAACAGAAGAACCUAAAAUGGGUUACAUUGUACCCAACCUGGAACUGUCAACACUAUGCUCACCUCAGUUCCGUUCAGGGCCACCAGGCGAACAAGCACAAAUCUUUCUUUGUUUCUUUCUUUGUUUCUUUCUCAAUUCAAAUCUAUCUCAUAAUUCUACCUACCUUAUAAUUUUAUCUAUCUAUCUAUCUAUCUCUAUCUAUCUAUCUAUCUAUCUAUCUAUCUAUCUAUCUAUCUAUCUUCAUCAUAAUAUUAUGUCACAUUCGUACAUACUUUGUCAAUAUCUAUCUAUCUAUCUAUCUAUCUAUCUAUCUAUCUAUCUAUCUAUCUAUCUAUCUUAG